AUGGCCCUGCUCCUGCUGCUGCCUCUGGUGCUCUCAGGAGUGCAGGGGAGCCCCCAGGUUUCCCUGGAGGGCAGCCCCGGGGACCGGGUGAAUCUCUCCUGCAUAGGGGUUUCAGACCCCACCCGCUGGGUUUGGGCGCCCAGCUUCCCGGCUUGUAAGGGCCUGUCCAAAGGGCGCCGCCCAAUCCUGUGGGCCACGCCGAGCGGCACUCGAAGCGUGCUCCCCCACUUCUCCGGCCGCCUGCGCCCCCUGGACACUGGCAUCGGGCGGCUGGAGCUGCUGCUGAGCGCCGGCGAUUCCGGCUCCUUUUUCUGCAAAGGACGCCAAGAGAAUGAGAGCCGCACCGUGCUCCAGGUGUUGGGGGACAAGGCAGACUGCAGUGCUCCGGGAUCUGCCCACGGGUCCGGGCCUGCCAAGGUCCUCAUUCCGCUGCUGGGCGUUGGACUGGUGCUGGGUCUGGGCGCCUCGGGCUGGAUCUGGUGGCGGCGCAGGCCCCCGCCCCCGCCCCCGCCUCGACCACUCCCCACACCUGCUCCGGUCAUAAACGCUGACCCGCAGAGGCCUUUAGACCAGGAGGGCAAGAUGUCAGGCCACCCGGACCAGGAGCCGAGCCUGCACUACGCUGAUCUGGACCAGUCUGUCCUCGGGAGGCCCCGGCGGAUGUCCGCAGUCCUUCCUGGUGACGCCCGCACUGUCUAUGCGGUGGUAGUGUAAGAGGAAGCCGGCGGUCUUCCAAGCCUUCCACCCCGGCUUCCCUGGUCUGUGUAAGCUCAGCUAGCAGGGCGGGCACCAUGGACAGAGGCGGGUGUGGGAGCCGGGACACCCGGGUCGGCCUGUAACUGAUCAGCUUUCCAGCCACUCCCAUCUCUUCCGUCUUUCCUUCACCAUUGAUGUCCUCCUCUCUAAGGAUGCUCAAGCUGUCUGUGGCAAAUAGGUAUUCUGUCUGUUCCCCUCCCUUUCCAAUCAAGUCUUUUUUUUUUUUUUUUUUUUGGGGGGGGGGGGGUCUGUGUCUUGUUUUUUGAGACAGGAUUUCUCUGUGCAGCCUUGGCUGUCCUGUAGCCCUGGUCACUCUGUAGACCAGGCUGGCCUUGAACUCAGAGAUCCACCUGCCUGUGCCUCCCGGGUGCUGAGAUGAAAGGCGACACCCAGCCCAAUCAAGCAUGUUGAGCUUUACACCUGCCUCUCUUCCCCCCCUCCUUGCCUGCAGCUGCUCAUCUUCUGUUGCCAAACGGUGUCCUGCCACCAGGCCCACGUUCGCUGGCUUGGCCUUAGAUGACCCCUCUUUAGACUCCGGUUUGUUUUGUUGCUAUCUUCCUUCUAGACACCCUGCCAUUGUUCAGUUCUUCCUCACUCCUCUUCUAGAAAGCAAGCCAAUUCUCAGCCCCCAAACGACACCCAGUAUCCCUUUCCACCCAGACCUCACACCUAGUACACGCUGUGCCACUGGCCUCAGGCGCUCUGCACAAGGCAUGUGAAAUCUGACUCAGUCCUUUGCCCUUCCCUGGCCCUCCUCUGCAUUCUCUCGACAAAGCCAAGUUGCCCAAGCCAGAAACUGGGAGUCAGAGGACACCACCCCCUCCUCUCCCACACAGGGGCUUAUCAAGCACGCGUGCGCACGCGCGCGCGCGCGCGCGCACACACACACACACACACACACACACACUCCUUUUAAAGACAGGCUCUCGAGAUUCCGAGGCUGGCUUUGAGAUCCUGAUCUCCGUGCGGCCAUGUUCAGUGCUGGAUGCCCUGCCGUGCAAGGCCUUGUCUGUCUUAGUGUCACACUCAAGUCUGUCCCUGCUGUGUGUCUGGCUUGCCACCAGGAUGUACUUUUAUCUUCUGCUGCAUGGGUGACCCACAGAACCUUCUGGUCCUAUUGUCCUGGCCUUCAUCUUUGAAGCCAGAGCGAUCCUCCCCUUAUCAACCACCAGUUCUCUCCUGGGGCUUCAGCUCUGGGGCCAUGGGUGCCGGCUUUGGGUACAGGCGCUGCAAGCACUUUGCCUAUUCCUAGGCCUAUCCAUCAUUUUCUGGGUACACACGCCCACCUUAGAGAGAUUCUCUCUGAGGAUUUGUUGGCUCGUUGAAGUAAAUCCCAUCUUCGGAUUCCUUUUUCCUGUUCCUCAUCUCCUGCCUGGAUAAUUACUUAUCCUCAGGAUGUCAUCCAAAUGUAGCCUUUUCUGGAAUCCCCUCACCCGAAACACCCCAGUCCCCCACAAAAUCUGAUGCUCUAGAAACCCCCUGGCUUUUCUCAUGGAAACAAUCCCAUCACAGCUUGUCAGAAACUAUGAAUUUCCUGGCGUGAGGAAACUCCCUUUUUUAAUGCCACUGUUAGCCUCAGUACCAGAAUAAAUGAGCGUCCC